UAGUAUGCGAAUUGGGAGGCAGCAUACGAGAAGUGAAACUGGACUGCACUUAUCUCAAUCCUCCCCAGGCCACAGCUGCACAGCAGCAUUCUCGUCUACUUUGAAGGUGAGGCGUUUGGCAUCGGCUCCUUUAACUCCUCCUCCACCUGUCCUGCUGGCCUGACUACUAAAUAGAUCUUCCGUGUAGUUCAUGCACCAGAAGCGGAUAUUGACACCAGGAGACACGAUGUCUCUCACUGUGAAAAACAUUUCUGUUAUUUACACUCCUAUCAAUGAGACCAAUACCUUCACCAGCGGGGAUGUUAUAUCGGGACAAGUCCUUCUGGAUGUAGAAAAGGACACGCAAAUUCAGUCUUUGAGUGUGAAAAUUAAAGGUAAAGCACGGGUGUCCUGGAGCGAGCAUUACGGUAAAACCACGGUUGUGUACUCUGAUAAGGAGAAGUAUUAUUCUAUGGAGAUGUUUUUCGUUCGGGAGGACAAAACAAAUGGUAAUGACCAUAAUACGCUAAAAGAUCCAUCAGGACAGCUGUAUCCUUCGGUUGUGGCACCGGGUCAUCAUGUUUACCCUUUCAGCUUUCAGUUGCCUCUACAGCACUUCCCACCAACCUUCAAAAGUGCAAUUGGAAAGAUUGCUUACACUUUGGAGACAAAAUUAUCCAGAUCAAUGCGUGUUUCUAGCAAAGCCAAAGCAGAGUUUCACUAUGUCUCCAGUCAGGUUGUGUCUAGUCCUGAACUAAUGGUGCCUCAGUAUGGAAGCAAAGAGAAAAAAAUGAAACUCUUCCCCUCUGGGAAUGUCUCCAUGGACAUAAGCACUGAGAAAAUGGGAUACUACCUCGGAGAGGGCUUGAAAGUUUUGGCUGAAGUUCAGAACAACUUAUCCCGUGCAAUCAAGCUAAAAUACUGUCUUUAUGAAAAACACACUUUUUUCGCCAAAGGAAGGAGAAAACUUCACACACAUGACCUUUUUAAAGAGGAAGGAGAAACCAUUGAGCCGAACUCAAAGAACACGGUCACAAAAGUGCUGUCCAUUCCUCCCAGCCUUACCAUCUCUAUCCUAAACUGUAAGGUCAUCAAUGUUGAGUACAGGCUCCGGGUCUACCUGGACGUGCCUUAUGCCUCAGACCCGGAGGUCAAAUUCCCAGUAGUGGUUCUUCCUCUUCAGUCUGGACCAGGUGCAAAAAGUGCUACAAACAGUGAUUUUGGGAUCUGGAAUCAGCCACCAGGAGGCAAUUUGAACCCCAGCCCACUUCAAAUGCCUCCAUCUGGUCAGUUUGGUGCCUCUAGCAGCUACUACGGACCUCCUCUGAGUCCGUUUCCUGCUCCUGGUUUCCCUGGACCACCGGAUCAGUUUGCUCCUCCUAGUUACGUCGGAGCUCCUGGUCAAUUUGGUCAUUCAGUUUCUCGUCAGAAUGACGCAUCAGAUCCACCUCCAUAUCAGGAACAUCAAUUAUAUCCACAGUUGCCAGACCACUCUAAAAAAUCUUGACAAAGUGAUUUUAAAAUCACCUUCUAGGUUUCUUUUAUUCUUGUUGUUAUACCUUGAUUGCGAGAAUGAUUAUGUAUGUAACUAUAUGUAAGCCUUAUAUAUAUUUUAAGGUAUCGAUGUUGACUGUUAAAGGGUUAGUUCACCCAAAAAAUGAAAAU